CUGCAGCUGUGGUGGCGUGCUCGCGCUGCUGAGACAGGCAAAGCACUGAGGACCGUGCGCGCGCUCACAGACUCCCUCUCAGCCACACACACACUCCCCAAACAAAGAGAAGCACGCGAGGCAGCACAGCAUCCCACCCUUUCAGCCGCGAGCUCACUAACAGAACCGCCUCCCCCCAUCCCUCUCACACAGAACCGGUCUGGUCCAAGGCUCGAGCGCACAGAACCGACAAUGACAACUAACGGCGCGACUAACGGAACCAGCGACAUGCUGCAGAUCCAGUUCGGUCUCAUUAACUGCGGGAACAAAUACCUAACGGCAGAAACCUUCGGCUUCAAAAUCAACGCCUCCGCCUCGAGCAUGAAGAAGAAGCAGAUCUGGACUCUGGAGCAGAGUGGCGACGACUCCACCGGGAAUGUGUUCCACCUCAAGUCACAUCUGGGCCGCUACAUUGCCGCCGAUAAGGACGGCAACGUUACCGGAGAGAGCGAGACCCCGGGCCCGGAGUGCCGGUUCGUUAUCACCGCCCAUGAUGACGGCCGCUGGUCCCUGCAGUCCGAGCCGCACGGGCGCUACCUUGGCGGCACCGAGGACCGGAUCAUCUGCUUCGCGCAGACCGCCUCUGUGGCGGAGAAAUGGAGCGUGCACAUCGCCAUGCACCCACAGGUGAACCUCUUCAGCAUGACGCGCAAGCGUUACGCGCACCUGAGCGGCAAAGUGGACGAGAUUGCCAUCGACCGGGAUGUCCCGUGGGGGGUGGACUCCAUGAUAACGCUGGUGUUCCGCGAGCAGCGCUACCACCUGCAGACCUCCGACAACCGCUUUCUGAGGAACGACGGCGAACUGGUCGCCACCACGGACAAGAGCACAGGCUACACGCUGGAGUUCCGCUCCGGCAAGGUGGCGUUCAGGGACUGUAGCGGCAGGUACCUCGCGCCCUCUGGGCCCUCCGGUACCAUGAAGUCCGGGAAGAGCGCGCGCGUGGGCAAGGACGAGCUGUUCGUGCUGGAGCAGAGCCACCCGCAGGUCGUGCUCACCGCUGCCAAUGAGAGGAACGUCUCCACCCGGCAAGGUAUGGACUUGUCAGCCAAUCAGGACGAGGAGGGCGACCAGGAAGUGUUCCAGGUGGAGAUUUGUCGCGAAAACCGGAAGUGCGCUUUCCGAACCGCCGCUGGGAAAUACUGGACUCUGACUGCUAACGGCGGCCUGCAGUGUACCGCCUCCACCAAGUCAGCUAAUUGCUACUUUGACAUUGAGUGGCGUGGGAAGAGGCUGACUCUCCGGGCUGCCAAUGGGAAAUACGUCGCCGCCAAGAAAAACGGCCAGCUAGCAGCCACCAUCGACUCUGCCGGUGAGUCCGAGGAGUUUCUCAUGAAGCUGAUUAACCGCCCGAUCAUCGUGCUGCGUGGGGAGCACGGCUUCAUCGGCUGCAGGAAGGUGACGGGUACGCUGGACUCCAACCGCUCCACCUAUGACUACUUCACCUUGGAGUUCAGAGACGGAGCCUAUAGCCUGCAAGACUCCACGGGGAAAUACUGGAUGGUGGGUAACGAGCAGUCGGUGGUGAGCAGCAGCGACACGCCCGUCGACUUCCUCUUCGAGUUCUGCGACUACAACAAGCUUGCCGUCCGUCACGCCGCCGACGGCAAGUAUCUCCGCGGCGACCACGCCGGCGUGCUGAAGGCCAACGCCGACGACCUGGAGAGCGCCACACUCUGGGAGUACUGAGGGAAGAGGGGAUGCGGUUGCCCACUGCUGCGAUGCUGAUGAAUGAAGCGUGGCGACCAGCACCACCCGUCCCUUGCGUCUACCUAUCCCCUCCCCCGCUCCCCCUCGCUCCCGGUCCUCAUAUUAUACCUGACUUUACAUGUUGAUGAACUGCACACAGAGAACAGGAGGGAUGGAAGAAGAAAGGAAGGAGACACUCCUUUUCUCUCCUGCCUCCCUUCCCUUCACGCUUCCCUUCCCAGCUCUGCAGCGCCAACCUUUAUCUUUAUCUGUUGCCAUAGUUACGGUGGGGCUGUGCACUUUUUCUGCUCCGAUCUGGUUUGCUGCUAGACCUGUCACUCACUCCUUCCUCCUCGCCUUACGAUUUACGCCGUCCCCCUCCCAGAGCAGAGCCACGUUUCAAAGAGCCCCCUCCUUUCUGAGGUAACCCCCCCACCCCCCCCACCCCCCCCCCAUCUCGCUACUCGUCUCUAUUGUCUGUGUGAGCAGCACAUGAAGGCAGUAUUUAUGGUAUCCGACCUGGUCUGUUAGAUCUGUUUCUACCUGAUCUAAUCUCGCAAAACAGAUCCACCAUCACCGGCUAGAAGCUACAUCAGCUGCUUCCUGUUAGCUGGAUACACAAGACGGAGACGGCGGGUCUGUUUUUGUCCGGUUGCAUCACGUAGAAACUGACUUUCUUGCCUCGACCAGACCAGGCCUGGGAAGCUUGUUUUCACGAGCAGGGCCUGAUGCCUCUGUGUGAUGUAAUGACUAUGUGAUAUAACUGGAAGGGGAUCUGAUGAUGAUGAUGAUGAUGAUAAAUAUAUCAAAGAUGGUGUAACUGAUGGGUUUAACCCCCACCCCCCACCCCUUAUUCAUCUCAACUGUAAAAUAUUGAAAUGUAAACUAGUUUCCUGUGUUGUCCUCUAGCUGUGUUCUCAUUGGUUUGCCGGGGAUUUUUCACACGCUAAACCUAGUGUCCCGAGAACGGUAUGAAGAAAUAGAAAUGGUGCGGCCACAUACUGUAUGUUUACUGCACUCACCUGUACUUACUGGAAGGAAAAAGGCACUCCCUGAUACAGUUGGAUUUCUUUUUCUAUGUCCAAGGCACAGACAUUAUCAUCAUAGCGUCUGGGUGAAAGGAUUUAUAGACCCUCUUUUGAAAGCUGCUUUUAGAAUCUUUCAACUAAACCUAGACCUCAGUCUUUAUCUAGACCAAACCUUUGAUACUGGAUUAACGGAUCAUCUCACACACAACUGUCCAAACUGGAACCUGGUGCUACUAACCCACGACAUGUUACAGUCCUGUCGAGCAUCUCACACACUGUCUGGACCAACAGAUGGCGAUUACAUGCUGCGUUCCUGCCCCUGCACUUGAGAGCUUUGCCAUAUAACCGAAGGGGGCUGAAAGAGUGCCCUUAAUAACCUAAAUCUGGUUCUUAUUUAGUUUUCAUUUCUGCCUGAGCUUUGAGAAGUAUCAUGGCAGCCUUUACAAUGAGUUUGUUUUUGUUGGAUUUUUCUGUCCCUGACUUGAAAGUAAAGUUCCAGUAGGGAUACGUUUGGGGAGGGGGAGAAAGAGAAAAGAAUCAUACUUUAAAUUUGUCGUUUUUUUUAAUGAAAUGUCUGUUAUGCAGUCGUAUAGCACAGUGCGCUAAGCGGUCCCGCCCUCGCUGACUCUACACCCUUCAGCUUUCUACAUAACACAAUGAGCAUUGGCUUCUGUCUACUGAUUUUUACAAUACAGCAAAGAUUAUCUUGGCUCUGGGAAUUAUUGGGCUCUUCAUCCAUCAUCAGCAAGCAUUCCUCUGAUGUGAAAAUCAGUCUAGAAAAACCAAUCAUUGUAGCUCCAUGAAAUGAUACAUGAUUGUAGCCAACUCCUCAACAAUUUUUUCUCUCGAGCGUUUUUGCAUGACGGGUUGGGAAUAUCAAGUGAAUAAAAGGAGCGGUUGUCCUUUGAGAAGCCUGCGUCUCCAAGGUAACCAAGACCAAGGCUUAGGCAAACGGAUGUGGAAGGGUAAACAUGUGGUAAUGACUGUGCCUUACUCUUGAGUUUUUGGGCAGUAGGAAAAAAAAAAGAUUAAAAAAAAAAGAAGAAAGAAAUCCACAUCUUUGCUUUGUAUAACUGGAACUUCUUUUUGUAUUAUUAUUUUGUAUAAUUCUUUUGAUAUUGUGGAUUAACCUCUCUCUCGUGCCAUUGGUUCACCUGAAAUCCAACGACCAAUAAAACUGGGAUUUGGAACGCUA